UGGGGGCCCUUGUAUUCCGAAGACUAUUCUGAUUUCGGAGUUCUGAUCAUAACUCAGGGCAAGCCUCGUUCGUAUCGUAUGCUAGGUCUAGACUGUGAACUGUGGAGGAAUUGUUGGACCGAAAUUGAACGGUCCAAUUCGUGGAUAACGACGUCAUAAUAUCGAAAGAGCCGCCUGCCAAUCAGGAGGUCGAAUUUUAGAAGGGAAAAGGAAAAGAAACCUGCAAUAGUGGGGUAUAGUGCUAUCUAAAUACCUAUAUAUUUUCAAUGGUGCAGUUGAAAUGGUAGGAUUCAAGCAUCGGCCCCCACGGGUGCUCAGCCACUGAGGUCACGACACCCCUGUCAUAUCGGAUUGGCGAUACUCUCGGUCGUUAUAUCACGUGAUAAAGGAUUCAGCUCGAAAUCUUUGAGGGGGACUAGAACUCAGCCCCAUACCAAGUAACCCUCACUCCUCUUCGUCGCACAUCAAGCUUUAGACUGGCCAUGAUGCCCGUGGAAACAUGGACCGCGUGGUGUUUCGGCUGCGACAAUUACCUCAAUAUGUCGAUAGGUUGGAUACAGUCCAACUGCUUAGUAAAGCUCUAGGAAUCGGAGCUUCGGAGAUUCGGAUUUUCUCUCUUGCCUGCUCCGUCGAUCCAUGGUUGCCGAGUAAAGUGGCUACUUUGAUGUUCGAUGAUGUUGUCGGAAUUCACCAUGCUCUCCAGGAGGGUGGGCGGCCGGGAAUCGCGAAGUUAGGAGACGAAUGGAGCAUUGCAGUGGAGAAUUUUCGCGACGCAUUAGUUUUAGAUACUCACUUUCGAGGUCUAACCCCCUUAUAUGACCCAGUCUCACACCAGGCCGAUUGCAUUGCAAUAUCAGGACUUGCAAGUCACCCCUUUGGAUCCUGGCAGCCUAAAGGGCAUCCAAAGACUUUCAUGUGGAUUCGCGAUGCGUUACCGCAGUCAUUACCAAGCGUACGGCCUAUAUUAUACGGCUAUGAUACGACUCUUCUAAGAAGCCGUUCAUUCCAAUCUAUCUUUGACCUUGCUAUAGGGCUAAUCGGCCAACUCAAGGCCAAUGGAUGGUCGUCUCCUACCUGCAAGCCACUCGUCUUCCUUGCACAUAGUCUUGGUGGUGUCGUUUUGAAGCAGGCCUUCGUUUCACUCGCAAACAGGAUUGAGCGGGACGACGGAAUACUUCGCGCGAUGAAAGGCGCUGUGUUCUUUGGUGUCCCUAAUUUGGGCAUGGAACAAUCGCACCUUUUGGCGGUUGUGGACGGCCAGCCCAAUGAGCAACUUAUUGCAGAUCUUUCUCCCGAGUCAGCAUAUCUCCAAAAGCUGGAUAAGCAGUUCAAUGGUAUAUCUUGCCUCCAAGAUGCAUUGCUUUAUUGGUGUUAUGAAACAAGAAAAUCACCCACAGUUAUUUUAAACUCGAAAAAUGUAUGGUCAAAAAGUGGCCUUGAAGAGGUUUUAGUUACUCCGGAUUCUGCGACUCGUGGAUUGUAUGGCACAUCUACAGGUUUGGAUUUCAUAUUUCCAAUUAACGAGGAUCAUUCGAAUAUGGUCAAGUUCUCGGAGAAUGACCCAAACUAUUCCGUAGUAGUACAAAAACUGCUCCAGAUCUUUUCCGCAGGCGAAAUGUCAGAGUCCAAACCUACGACGACGGGGAUCUCACAUCUAGGGACGACCAUUGCUCAAGGCCCAAUAAAUGUUAGGGCAUACCAAGGGCCCAACUUUCAAUCUGUUUUAAAUUCCCUAGAGGUAGCCGAGAGGGACCGUAGGUUGGAAGAAAUUGAAGGCACGUUUGGCAAUACCUUCGACUGGAUUUACGAUCGCUCAGAACCAGGUUUCACUGAAUGGCUUCGAAACGGGACGGGGCUUUUCUGGAUACACGGGAAGCCGGGCUCUGGGAAGUCAACCCUAAUGAAAUUCAUAUUUCAGGAUGACCGCACGGCGGAUCUACUUGCUGAUUGGAAAGAAGAAAUUACAUACGUUCGUGGGGCUUUCUUUUUCCACUAUCGUGGAUCCUCCCUUCAGAAGUCGUUUGAAGGCCUAUUGAGGAGUAUCAUAGGCCAAAUUCUUACGGAACUUCCUUCUCUUUUCGACUCUCUAAAACCCUUGUUUGACCACGCCACCAUCGUUUGGACUUUGCCGAUGCUCAAAAAGGCAUUCAAUAACAUAUUGCGCCAAAAUACGGUACCAUUGCACCUUUGCUUAUUUUUGGACGCGCUUGACGAGUAUGAUGGGCGAUUGGAAUUUAUAUGCCAGUUUCUCAACGAACUGGGCGCGAUCCCUCCAAACCCUAAUAAGAGCAUCAAAAUUUGUUUCUCUAGCCGCCCCUGGGAUAUAUUUGUAAACACCUUCCAAAAUUGCCCAAACCUACAAAUCCAUGAUUUUACCACAAAAGACAUCGAGGACUAUUGUUUAGGGUCAAUCAGAGCAGAGAGGUUGCCAUACUCUGUCUCGCUUGAGGAUUUGAUUCCCGACAUUGUCGCACGUUCGCGAGGCGUGUUUCUAUGGGUCAGACUAGUAGUGAAGGAUCUUGCCCGAGCUACGAGGUUGAAAAGCAUGGAUAAGACCGAACUGGAGAUACUCUUGCAAUCUUCUCCAACAGAGCUUGAUGCAUACUAUGCGGAGAUUAUAACUCGAAUUCCACAUAUUCAUCGAUGGAAGACGUACGCUUUGUUAGAGGUCACAGUGCGAUCUAGAGUACCCCUAGGCGCAUACGACCUAAUACGCGCUAUCUCAUGCUCGGAAUUUAGGACCUACCAGGAUGCAUAUCAAGCCUUUGUGAAGCUCAAGAAAAGAACAUUCUACGAUUCCGAAGAAUUAGUGGUGCGAGAAUUAAGUAAAUAUUGCGGUGGGCUGAUCGAAGUUAUUAACAGUGGCCCCUACAUCCGUUAUAUCCAGGUACUCCAUCAAACAGUUGAGGAUUUCGUACUAGACCCAAAGUUCAAGCAGAUAGUCCUUGGAGACCGAGCCAAGAUCACCGUUGAGAAUGGGAAUACUUUCUUGGCCAAAAGCCUAUUCGUCCGGAGCGCGUUUCAGACUAUCGCAUCCUCCUACUCCGAAAUCACACCCGAGACCAAUGCAUCCACCUACGCUAAUGCUGCUGAGCGGACUACAGGUCGUAGUCUUAGGAUGUUCCUUAACAGUAUCCCGACUCAUAUAUUUGAGGUACAAAGCUCCGAUACUCCUGAACUACAAGUAUCGGGUCCACUUGCAUAUGCUGUGUAUGCUGGGCUUCGUCUUUAUGUCAUCGAGUCACUAAUUGAUGCGCCCGACCUGAUACGAAACUCGGGACGACCGCUGCUUAGUCAUGCUAUUCUUGGGCUAGGACUAGACCGUUUUCCAGAAGAAGAACUUUUAAAGAUAGCAAAGCUAUUGCUCGAUAGAGGCUUUACAAUACAUCGAGACCCGGAGGCAUUUCGCCGCCUGAUAACAUCAAUAGUCCGAAGUCUUCAGGCGAAGAAUGUACUAGUCAACCAGCUUGUCGUAACCCCACGACCUCGUCAUGUGGGUCUAGUUGAGUUAUUCCUAGAUCACGGCCAAGACCCCAAUGUCAAAAUCCAAACCCUCGGGGAUCCAAGAGACGUUGAAUUUACGCCUUUGCACGUGGGCCCAUUUAUUAUAGCAAACAUGCUCUUGGAUAGGGGUGCCUCACCAAAUGAGUUGAGUUCUACCAAUAUGACACCUUUAGAUAAUAUUUGUUCGUGUUACCUUCGCUGGCGCGUUGAAAAAAGCGUCCAAAGGCCACAAGUCCAAGAAAUAUAUAAGCUAGUUUGCUCUAUAGCGGCUCGAGGAGGAAAGCUUAAGAACGUGAAGAACGAGUACUGGAAGGAGUUUUUGGAAGACAUCUCUCUAUUCGGCUGGCCUAUUGAUGUUUUGCAAUCUUGUACAUCCUCUCCAUCACAACGAGGCACGUCGAGCCAGUCGUUCAGCCAGUCACUCAAUCGGUCAUUUGACCGGUCGCCCGGUCAAAUGGCAACUCGGAGAUUAAGCCAUCAUCGGAAUCGGGUAUCAAGCGACCAGCAGUCAAACUCGUCUCCGGAUCUGCUGCCGAGGAGUUCGCUCAGGUCUAAGAUUAAGAAGAUAGCAUUCAGUGUGAUGUGUUAAGUUUUUCGAUGAGACAAGGCUUUCUCCAGGUCCUAAGCCAUCAUGCUUCUAUUUCACUAUCUCAUUUAGCGUAGGAGACUUU